CUGUUAGGAGUACUCCCUACUUGGCAACAGGUUCAGUGAACUAAAAUGCCAGUUAUGAAUGAGAUGGGGCCCAGUCUGGGGGACAAGUGAUGGCUUUUGUUGUGCGGUCGACAAACAAAAGUGCAAAUUGUUUGGGCCUGCGGCAGAGUGAAAACCCAAGCGACGCACCCCACAUAUUUUCGGAGGCAAACAGCAGUUCGAACUGCGAAGUGAACCGCAACGAGUUAGUUGCGUUUCAGAGCGCUUUAACAGCGGACGGACACAUCGGACACAUGGCCCUCAAGGAGCUACCACCAGCAAUUAUUGCGUUCGUGCUGAGUCUCGUCUGUGGGGGACUCCAGGCAGCCGUGCACGAUGAGCUGCCCCAGUGCGGGCUCCAUGGCAUCUACAGGCAGCGGCAGAGCCUCAUCGAGUCGCCCAACUAUCCGGACAACUAUCCGGUGAACACCUGCUGGGAUUACGUGAUACGCUCGCCCUACCGCUGCCCCACCAAGUUCCACAUCCAAUUCCUCGACUUUAAGCUAGAACUCUCGGAGAAGUGCAGCCGGGAUUACCUGGCCAUUGGCCUGGAGAACGACGGCGAGGACAUGGAUGUGCUCUGCGGUCAGGUGCUGGGCAUCAAGAAGUAUCACACACCCGACGGCGUCCUGCGGUUGCGCUUCCUCAGCGACGAGUCGCCAUGGACUACAGGAGGAGGCUUCCGACUGCUGGUCACACGUUUGGCCUGUGAGAGAGAGGACCUGGCCGCCCGGGGCUUGGAUGCCGACGACGAGGACGGUGUGGAUGUGGGUGAUGAUGACACGGUGCAAGUGAAUGCCAAACUGCCGUCCAAGAAGCAACAUCAUCAUCACCAUCUUCUGCAGCCGCAGCAGCCGCAACAGCAGCUGCCAUUGAACUUUACCCAGCAAAGUCCUUGGGGAUUCAACGUGGGCUGGCCUGCUUCUGUGCCGCCUCCACUCUAUCCCCAAGGAGGACCACCUGGAGGCUUCUACCUGCCUCCUUCAGGACUGCCACCUCAGCACUCACCGCCCUGUGUGCCACAACAGCAGAAGGAGCAACUGUUGCAACAACAGCAGCAAUUUCUACAGCAGCAGCAGCAGCAAUACCUACAGCAGCAACAACUUUUGCAGCAGAAUCCCUUACAACAGCAGAACCUUCUACAGCAGCAGCAACUGCAGCAACAGCGACAGCUGCAACAAUUGCAACAGCAGCAGCAACUUCUGCAACAGAAUCCACUGCAACAGCAGCAGCAGCAGCAACAAUUGCAACAGCAGCAGCAACAAUUGCCGCUAAUCUCUGACCAGUAUCAAACAAGUGCCUUCCAGCCUCAGGCGGUGACCCUCAAGGACUACGACUCCCAGGGUCUGCAGCAGUUUGGUGGAUCGCUGGAUCUGUGCUGUUCCAGUAGCUUCAAUCAGAAUCACUUCUAUCUGUCGAGUCCUGGCUUCCCAAGGACUGUCCUGAACGCCUUGCUGCCCAAUCAACAGAGAGAUUGCGUAUUCUACAUCGAGAAGAGUUCCCCGAACGUCUGCCGUCUGAGGAUUCAGUUCAAGUUCUUUGAUUUUGGCCAGAAUUCAGGAGGAAUAGGAAACGGAAUUGCUGGAGGCCUGGGUGGAGCAGGCAUCGGUGGCGGAUUGGGAGGAGGCUUUGGAGGAGGCGGUUUCAGUGGAGGCUUGGGUGGACAACAAUCCUGCACUGGCGACUUCUUGGAACUGGAUGGUCAACGGUAUUGCGGCUGUCGUUCCGGCUACGUCCACAAAUCCCACUGGGGCCAGGGCCGCAAGGCAUUGCGCAUGCGGAUGGGCCAGUCGGGCAGCACAACUUCCAAUGGCUUCCUGCUGGAGAUAUACCAGGACCAGGACUCCGAUGGCUGCCGUCAGGAUCCCGGAGCUGGCUUAGGACUGGGCUUGGGCGUGGGUCUGCAACAGCAGCCGCAGCAGCAACAGCAACCGCAGGCAGGCCUGGGUCUAGGUCUAGGCCUCUGGCCCCAAGGGGGAUAUCCUUCGCUGCAGCAGCCACUGCACUCUCAGAUCUGGCCCAUGCAAGGAGGCUACCCGGGAUACUUGAAUCCAGGCUAUCCACUGCCAUUUGCUGCCUCUCCAUAUCGUCAAAGCAGACGCGUGUCCUGGGCUCGGGGCUUGGAUGAACAUCAGCCUUCGCGGGUGGUCGAAACCAACUCCACGCGUAAGGAGUUCUACUACUUUGAUGGCGACGAGGCUUUUGCCCGCUCUGCCUUGGACGACGAAGAGGACAAACUUCCUGUUGGAGUGCAAGUACAGCCACAGGCGCUAUCCCAGACCCAGACACAGCCUCAAUCCCAGCUGGCCACGAAGGCCUUUGAGCAGAGCAGCUGCACAUUCGACUACAUGGAGGUCCUGAAGCUAUCCGUGGACACACUCUGGCUGACGAAACCGCUGUGCUUUUCCCCGCUGAGGAGCUGGUUCCCCAAUAUCUUUGGCUAGGCGGAGCGGAGUAUUUAAUGUAGUUGAAUAUUGUUUCAUCAAGUAGAUGACGCGGCUUUGUGUGUUCUAUCCCCUAAUCUGCGAUCUUAGCUCUCUGUAUCUGUAUCUUUGUAUCUCCACGAGGCAAUUGUGUUGACGUCAUACCAAAUGCAUGAAAUAUA